UGAAUUUGUUAAUUUAUUUCACAUUACUAUUAAUAAAAAAAGAAUAAAUAUAUAUAAUUUAUUAUUUUAAAAAUUAAAUAGAAUGUAAAAAAAGAAAAUUAUUGCAAAAGGCAAAUAAAAAAAUAUCAGAACCACUCAACUUUAUUUUUGCAUUUCUUCAAAACAAUAUGAUUUCAAAACACAUCGGGACAUUUUUACAUGUAUAAAGGACAAUGCCACAAUUAACUUACCAUCGAUAUUAUCAAAUCUUUCUAUUACUUACUAAUUUUCUAUUAUGUCAUGGAGAUUUUAUGGAUUUAAUUAGUGAAUCAAUUUGCGCGGCGAAAUGUUUGAAAGCAUUCACCGACUCGUUGACUGAACAAGAUAAAAAGUUUCUUAAACAACGCCCUGAUUUAACCCAACCACACUGUAUAAAUCAGGAGAAUGAAUGUGCACUAUGUCUUGAAAUCUGCAGAUGGCCAAGAAGUCAAACAGUAGACUGUUCCACUUCUUGUCAGAAAUAUUCAUCAGCAUCAAAUUCAAAUGGUAUAAACAAGCCAAUUAAUUCAGCAGUACUCUCACCGGCAUCAACAGCAACUCUGUCUUCCUCUCACUCUUCCUUAGAAUCGCUAACACACAAUAUCAAAUCGACUUGUUUAAAAGCAUGUUAUACAGCUCAAAAAGUCUAUAGUCGAUCAGAUCAACUACAGAACAGUCCAGGCAAUGCAUACUGUCCUAAACUAGACACUUGGCCUGAAUCAUGUCAGUAUACUUGUCAAAAUGACUCAGACUGUUUACCCUAUGGAUAUGCAAAGUGUUGUCAAACAGCAAAGUGUUUUAAAAUCUCUCAGCAUAAAAGAUUAAUAAAUCAUACAAAAAAUGUUACAAAAUUUAGUGUAUGCAGUCAAGGUGUUUAUAAUCCUAAAGUUACUCCACCUGUUCCUGGUAGACCAAUAGUUAAACGAAUUGAAACUCCUCUUCAAGUUCAGUCAAAUGGUAGACUUUAUUCAAUAACUUCAGAGAGUUCAAGUCUUUCAAAUGGACAUCAGCAUAAUCAUCAGUUGGAGUUAGACUGGCCAAAUUAUUAUAAUCAUUCAAUAAGUGAAAAUAAUCCCGUGGUAUUCCUCAUUCAACUUCGUAUGUAUUCAUCUCUUGUACAGACAAUUCAGUCGCCUAUGGAUAAGCCUAACAGUAUAUCAUUUUUCUCUAUGAAUAAUUUUAUGGAACCAUUUCAGCCGAAUGAAUAUCUAUUUAAUAAAUGGACUAAUUUAAUUUGGCUGAAGAAGUCUAAUCUACCUGGACUUGGAAGUAAUAGCUUGUCUUCAUCAUUACCCAAGCUUUCAUUUUGA